AGGGCGUAUCGCGUUCGCGGAUCACUGGCUACUGCUGCGGGCUGCGGCUGCGAAAACAGUGCGCGGUGAUAAUUCGUCCUAUUGAGAAAGACUUGCACGCGGAUCUUCCGUUGGACGUCGCAAUCAUGAAGAUGCAAGGGACGAGCUUGGGGAGCAUAAAGAAGAAUCCAGCCCUGCUCCCGCUGUACUUCUGCAUAGGGCUAGGAGGCCUCGGCGCUUUCUUAUACACGUUACGCCUGGCGACAAGGAGCCCGGACGUCUCCUGGCUCAACAAGAAGGAGGCCGAGCCGUGGAACUACUACAAGGACAAGCAGUACAAGUUCUACGCGACAAAAGACGAAUACAGCAAAUCCAAGAGCCCAGCGCCCGAAUACUGAACUGCGCCAUGGCCAUGUAAACUAUAGUAUUUGUUAUAGGAAUAAAUUGUUAUAUAAAUCGCUACCUCUAAGCACUUUCGUCUCUACGCAAUGCUAUUAUUCUUCUAACCAAAUGGCAGGAGCGCAGCAGUUUUAAGUCACUCCCAAAACGAGUACGUUAAUCCAAUUGGAAUGUAUUAUACAUUGUGUGUAAUUUAAUUUUGGAGAGAAAGUUCAAUAUUAAAUAAAGGAGUUGUGCGCGUA